UAUAAAAACGUGUAGCUGACGCGAAGAGCGGGAAAACGAGUGCGAGCGAGUGACGAUUGACUUUGGGUUCACUUCCUAUUGGAUGAAAAGUGACGCGAGUUUUUUUUUUUAAGCCAGUCGUGUAGCGUAAUAAUGUAAGAACUAAUUUUCGACACUCAAAUGAAAAUCGCGCCACAGCUGCUGUUGUUAUGUAAGGUUAAUUAAGGUGUAAGAGCGGGAAAUUAUGUUUGAAAUGAAACGUGGGAGACUGGAAUUUCAAGAAACCACUCACUGAGUCCACAGUAUCAGUAAUAUCCUCUACAUUCAGCAGAAUGACUGGCAUUUUUGGAAAAUCGUCGGUGAAACCCACGAGGAGUUUCCGAUUAUCAUCAUCCAAUUAUUAACGAUCGCGAGUACUCACGAGCCAGGCUCCGAAUACAGCCGAGUCAACAUUGCGCAAUGUGGAAAAACGUGACGCCGCUUAGCAAUGUUUGAGGCAAAAGCAGCAGACUCAAUUUUUGUAGGCAAGACUUCACCACUAACUUAUGCUUCUUCUUUCGAUUGCGUAGAUUUUAGUGUAAUCUUUUUUUCAAAAAAAUCUUUUCAGAUUUUCCGUCCACGGUGCUAUAAUGGCGAAAAGUACUGUCUUUCAAACAAGUCCUGCGUGCCGGAGAAUGAAACCUGUGAUCCCACUAACAAGAACACGUGCCAAUCGAUGGAAAUCUUCUGCAUUUACAGACGGCGCUGCAUAGCAAACACGACAGAGACUAGGAAAACAUGUGCACCAUUGGUGCCAUAUCAAACAGACGUACCCAAGGCGGAUUACGAGCUCGUGUCAGAAAAUCGAAUCACGAUCGACACACUGGGCCAUCACAUCAAAAGCUUACCGAUUGAAGAGCAGCCCUUGGUAAAACAAGGCGAUGUUCUUGGCUGGAUAUCGGAGGGCGGAGAGCUUGCGUUUAGGUCGAUAACGCCUGCAGACGGCGCAGCAUUUGAAUUCGAGUACAACAGCAAUCCAGUGCCUGGAGAAAAAUUGCUGAGGUCGAGCAAUCCCAGCAUGCACCACAAGCACUACAUCAUGGCGGCGCACUACGUCCACGCCGCCGACUUUGUCAUAAGACAUUUCUACCAGUCCACCGGAGUAAAACAUUUGACGUCGAACGUCACGCAAACCGUGCUUGUUGCCAUCGAUAUUCCCGUGGCUGGUGACGUCAAGAUGACGCAUCGUGGUGUCGUGAACACGCACGAGGCUGUAGUGUUUGGUGUUCCUUGGCAUUCUGGGUCGAACGUGUCUUACAUUUGGGACUUUGGGGACGGGAACAAAUUACGCACUCAGGUUAACUCGACAAACCACACAUACAUAUCCUCUGGAACGUAUUACGUUACCCUGACCGUGGCGAACUCUGUAAAUAAAAUCAAUGUUGCGUCGGUCAUUGCCGUUUUCGACUUCAUUAGGGGUUUUAAGUUCUCGAAGCCCAUCGAGGCCAAGGCGGUUGGUUUGAUGACCGAGAUUGAGUGGGAAGCGGCCGAGGGUACCAACAUUACUUAUGUGGUGGAUUUUGGCGAUGGAAGCCAACGAUAUGAAAAGGUCACUGCACUGGAAGCGAGUCGAAACUGCUCCACCACUCAUCUGUAUUCUGCAGUUGGGAAUUACACAGUCACGGUUUUCGCAUUCAACUUGGUUGGACCGAACAUUUCCAUAAGCUCCCAGGCUCUGGUGGAAAUCCCAAUUUCAGAAGUCGAGUUCACUCUCCCCGCUGCGCAUGUCACAAAGAACGUCUUCUACGCAGUGGGUGAUUUAGUGACUGUCCAUCGGGUCGUACACAAUGGCACUAAUGUCAAAUGCGCUUUUGAUUUCAAAGAUGGCACGCAGCCUAGAAUAAGCACCCAGUUCAGCACAACCCACAUUUAUAAAGACACUGGAACGUACAAGGUCGAGAUCACGUGUUACAAUGCAGUGAACUCUGUCACACGACUUCUCAACGCCACUAUUGUAAUACAGAAUCUUGAAAACAUCACGGGACUUACUAUAAGUGCGCACCCGACCACUCUUGGCACAGACUCGGAGAUCACUGUCCAGAUGGCAACUGGGACCAUAUUCUUCUGUACUGUAAGCUUUGGUGACAGUGAGAGCCUCCAAAUCGACUUCUCCCAUCUUGGACAGAUUCUUCGCCACCGUUACUCAGAAGUUGGUUCCUAUAAUACAUCAGUAAAUUGUAACAAUCGCUUGGGCAGUGAAGAAAACAAACUCACGCUAGAUGUAGAUAUUCCAAUAAAGGACGUAACUGUUACAGGCGACAAGAGGUUCAUCCGGGUACAUGAAAACAUCUCGGUAGAUGUCGCAGUCAGAGAAGGUUCCCGGAUAAGAUACGAGUGGGAUUUCAGUGACGGAAGCAGAUACGGCGCUUACCGCACCCUGGCAAAACAAGACGAGUUUGAAUCGACAACGCACGCGUUUACUGAAGAUGGGAACUUUCCUGUGAAAGUUACAGUUUUAAAUUCCUUGUUUCAUGUCUCGAUGAUUUUGCCUUACACUCUGGUAGUGGAGUAUCCUGUUGCUAAUAUUUCUCUGUCUACAAACAGCCCAAUAAGGCUGAACCCUGGUCAAGUAACAUAUCACUUAAGUCUGUUAGCCAACGUCACGCCCCCGACCGACGCGGUAUGUGUUUGGAAUUUUGAUGACGAGAGUAGUCUUACAGACAGCGAGACUUUUGACAUUUCGCCCGUUCAGCCCUACGUGAGGAAGCACACGUUUGGGCAGGAGGGAAUUUUUACAACUUCUGUAAAUAUUUCCAACAAUGUUAGCAGCCUGGUGCUAUCAGCUGCAAUCGACGUGCAAGAGCUAAAGGAAGUCAGCAUAACUGCAAGACGACUCGAGGAUGGAGUGCUCAUCGACGGCUUUGGAGGGUUGAAGAACUUUUUCCGUUUCAAUGAAAACGUGUUUUUCAACGUAACAUCUCAAGCAAAAGACCUCAGUUAUGAAUGGGACUUCGCUGAUGGUUCACCGCUGCAGGUCACUUCAGAGCCUUACACAUCACAUGUUUAUAGCCGCUCUGCGACAUACGAAGUCAGAGUGACGGUGGACAACAUUUUAGCGAACAUGACUGCGACCAAACACAUCGCAAUAGAGGAGCCUGUUGGAAAGAUAUCGAUCAGUUCCAGUUAUCCCACAUACAAAGGCGAUCCGACGCAUUUUUUUAUACUCUUCGAGGAACCUGGAACAGAUUCAUGCCUGAGGCUUGAUUUUCAAGAUUCUUCUGUGAAGUUAAUAGGAGAACAACGCUGCAGACCGCCGGUUACGUUCAGUAAUUCCAGUUUCCACGAACUGAGAGCCAACCAGACACGCAUAAACGUCACACAUACAUAUGGUAGCAUGGGCGCGUACCCUGUCAAGCUAACGGCUUACAACACUGUCUCGAAGAAAGUUGCAAGCACACUUGUGAACAUAACAAGCAGCCCAUGCGAUAAACCCACAGUGACAAUUGUUGGGGAAGAUUUCAAGGAUCCACCAGAAAAGAUUCAAAAGUCUGAGAUGCUAGUAUUGAAACAUAAGGUCACCUACAGGUGCCCUGUGGCGGCUAGCCUCGUAUUUACGUGGAGCGCAUUCAUAGUGACUCGGGACAAUCCCAAUAACGAGAGUAUUCCUUUGCAGUUACCCGUAGACCAAGUUCGCAACGUCAGUGUUCCCGCCACUGCGGACGCUCUUCGUUCAGCGGAUUUGAUAAUAAAGGAAAGGAAGCUUCCGUUUGCCUUCAUCAAGUUCCGUCUCAAACUGGGCUUCAUCGGAAAGGAUCGUAAUUUGUCGGAGAUCUACGACACCUACAUUGUGUUUAUUGAAGUAAAGCGAUCAGACAUGUCUGCUGUUAUCAGAGGUAUGGAGUAGAGAAAGAGCCGUCCGUAUACCCGGCCCUAGUUGUUCGAAGGCUGGUAACGCUAUCCGCCGGAUAAAUCUCCAUCGAGUGGAUAAGUGUUAACAAAAAGAACCACGCUAUCCGCUGGAUGGUGAUAUAUCCACUGGACAGCGGUUUCCGCCUUUCGAACAACCCUGGCCUGUCGUCUCAGUGCAUCAAUUGAGCAUGAUGGGGGGGUUCAGGGGAGAGGUAGGAGGGAGAAUUACUGGAAAAAGUUUAAAAAUAAAGAGGCUCUUUCCCCGGAUUUAACUUUAAUAUUGUUUUUUUAUGUAAGUGGUAACCUUUUCAUAUACUUUCCGUACAAAAUGGUAGCCUUUUCGCAUAGCUACAGUAAACACUGAAUAGCUUUUCUUUACCCAGCCCUUGGACUAUUCGAAGCAUUUUAAUAGAUUCCUUUCAAUCCUUACGGGCAAUUUUUUUUCCUAUCCUUUCCUGUGUUAAAAUUCGUUGAACCGUUACCCUGUUAAAUGUGCU